AUGCACCGUAACUAGAAGAACAGAUUUGGAGAGAUCUACUUUAUUUGACUUGUACUCUCCAGAGACCUGCUUUCAUGACUAUGUUCAAAAUGCGUCGUUCCUUCGUGGUUCUUGUGACUUUGAUAAAAUUGCCUCCGUUCAGUCACACCGUGUUUGUUUUCACGGUGGCUGUUUUUUAUCCAUUUGUGUUUGGCUGAGUUUCCGCUCAGGUGUCCUUUCCAAGACAGAUGCUCAACGCUGCUGCUGCCGCAAUGUUAGGAUGCUGCUUCUGACUCAUCAUCGCAUGCUGACCUGGGUAACUAAUCUCCUGUUUCACACUUUUGUUUUUGUCUGACGCGCAAAUGCGGGGACGCGCCGCUGGUGAUGGAAACACCUGAGGACUCUUUGGAGCAUAAAGGAGCGUAUGUUUCAUGUUCAACUCCUGGUGUCUAUCACAGACAAAAACGAUGCGGAGGAGAAUUUUCUUCAAGAUAGAUUUUUUUAUUUUGAUCUUUAGAUAAUAUAUGAAUGUGCUUAGUUAUAUUCUGAAUCUGUUUUGAUUGAAAUACACCUCUUACAAACAGCAAGCAUGUAAAUUAUGUAACUAACACGCCUACUUUUCUUUUGAAAAGUACUUUGAGCAACAAACACUGUUGGGGCACUUCAGAAUGUGCCUUGUACGUAAAGUAGACAAUGUGGAUAGACCUAAAAUAGCCCAGUUUUGUGUUAUAUUGUGGGAAGUACUGUCUGAGCCCCGGAGAAUCUCAGCCAUCCAUUGUGAUCUCAGAAUUGUGAUUAAGACUUGUUUUACCUCUGGUCUGAGCAGAGAUUGGUGGCAACCAGCGCAAGGACCUUGGCUUUACGCACGUCUGUCAGCCUCAGCUACGCUUUGCCAUUACCUCCGUAACUCAGACAGUGACGAUGGCAGGAAACGGCAACGCCAAGGGGCUUGAGGAUACCCAGACCCGGGGAGCCUUUAACAGUGAGGGCCAGGCGCGGCCCCGUGAAUAACCGCGCGGACAGCAUGCCCUCUUGGCCCAAUCAUUCGGAUUGCCUCUCCCAUAACUGCAGCUGGGAGGAGACCCACAACGCCACAGACAGCGCUGACCCUGCCCUGCCUCCCCUUAAUUACUACUCAAUCCCUCUCCUCAUGGUCAUCACUAUCGCCUGUACACUGCUGUUUCUGGUUGGAGUGACCGGGAACGUCAUGACAAUUUUGGUGGUCAGCAAGUACCGAGAUAUGCGCACCACCACCAACCUAUACUUGUGUAGCAUGGCUGUAUCCGAUCUGCUCAUUUUCCUCUGUAUGCCACUGGACCUCUACCGCAUGUGGAGAUACAGGCCCUGGCGCUUUGGUGACGCGCUCUGCAAGCUCUUUCAGUUCGUGUCAGAGUCAUGCACCUACUCCACCAUCCUGAGCAUCACCGCGCUGUCAGUGGAGCGCUAUCUGGCUAUCUGCUUCCCGCUACGCGCCAAAGCCCUGGUUACCAAAAGGCGGGUGCGCGCGCUCAUUCUUUUACUCUGGACAGUGUCUCUAUUGAGUGCUGGUCCUGUAUUUGCCAUGGUGGGAGUGGAGCAGGACAGCGUGGGACCACCAAAUUUCAGUUUGGGAAUGAAUGAGACUGGGUUUUCCGUGGAGGCCGGGGACACCCGGGAAUGCAGGAUGACGCACUACGCUGUUGAGUCAGGUCUGAUGGGAGCCAUGGUGUGGUUGAGUUCUGUUUUUUUCUUCAUGCCGGUGUUCUGUCUCACAGUGCUCUACAGCCUCAUAGGCCGUCGACUGUGGCAGAGACACCGAGAAACAAACAUCAGUUCCCGUGUGGCUCACAGGGACAAAAGCAACAGACAGACCAUCAAGAUGCUGGUGGUAGUGGUGCUGGCUUUUGUCCUGUGCUGGUUGCCCUUCCACGUUGGUCGCUACCUGCAGUUCCGGUCUCUGGACGCUCCGUCCCCGCUGCUCUCGUUGUUGUCGGAGUACUGCAGCUUGGUGUCGGUGGUUCUCUUUUACCUGAGCGCCGCCAUCAACCCCAUCCUCUAUAACACCAUGUCCUGGAAAUACCGGGGCGCAGCAGCGCGUCUCUUCGGCCUGACAGACAUCCAUGCGACACGGGGUCGCACAGCCAGCACCACGAAGGGAGACGGCUCGAACGGCUGGACGGAGUCUACAGUCAGUUUCUAAACAUGCGACUGUCAACGAUUCUGAUAUAACUUUUUAAGAUAUAUAUGACAAGUUGAAAAUACUGCCCUCAAAAGGCCGUUAUUUAGAUCCUGUCAAGGAAAAACUAUUCAGUACUUGAGAGCGCGGCACUUGCCUUUGUCUGACUGAUAUUAGAAGCCGAGAAUGAGAGAAGCGCGGGUCACAAAUACUACAAGCCUCUAUUCACUUUUCCUACAAGCAUGAAUAGAAUUUCGAUUUUUCCCCAAACUGUUCUUUUUUCUUGUUGGAUUAUUUAAGCAAGUGCUGUCCAACAACUCAUAUAACAUGCUCAGCUACACUGGAAAAGCAUGGUGGGUUGUUAAAUACACACUGGCUUGAAGUGCAUUUAUACUGAUCCAGAUGUCAACAACAUACAGCACGUGCACGCACGCCCACACACACACACAUGUAUAAAUAUCAGACAUUUACGAUUGCCUUAUAUUGUAUUCAUAUUCUGGAUGACAAAGAAAGCACUGUAGAACCUAUGGCACUGCUCUGUACCCCUGUAAAGAGGGGCAGAUGUGCAAUGCUUGUGUAUGUUUAUGUCAAUGCGUGUUUGCCUGAGAGAGAGAGAGAGAGAGAGAGUAUGAGUGUAUUGUGUGCCAGAUGUCAUGCAUUCAUGUAGUUGAAUGUGAAAAUGUAAAAGUUACUUUUGUUAAUUAUUGAAUUAUUGAUAUGCUCAGUGCCCUGUAGCUUGGAAAGUCCAUGCUGUGUGAAAAAGAUGUUCCUGUGUAGUCAUGUACAGCAUAUACAAGAGACAAGAUACACAAUGCAAACAUUUACAAGACUCAGUCUUUCAUUUGUGUCAUUAUUGUUCAUUUUUGAUAAAUUGUCAACGUUACUCAAGCUGCGGCCCUCAUGCUAAUUACUGGAAAAUAAAUCAUCCAAGAAAAACGAUGUACAUGAAGAGGCUCUGAGAAGACAACACUGGAUUUUUUUUUAGUGGUCCCAUACACAGUGCAGUAAAUUUAAGAAUGAUCAGUUUGGCGCAUAAAACAACAAUUCUUGGUAUUAUAUAAAAAUCAACAUCAGUCUUGUGCACCAUUGACAUGGUGUUGAGUUUCUACAUCAUCAUCUAAACCUUAAUACUGUAUACAGUCCGGGGCCUUUUCUGUUUAUGGCAUCUGCGUGGGCACAAUAUGCCAAUGUGUGGAGCCAGUCAUACAAAACAGCAGAUUUGUCAUUCUGUCAGUUGUCUGAUUUGCUAUGGUACUUGAAACCACAGUAUGUUAAACCUUGGGAAGUAAUGAAAACAGAUGGGAAGUAAUGUUUUUCACCAUUCACACAUUCAUAGAAGUAAAGGCGCAGUCAACCUGGAGUAUUAGUUGUAGAUCACAGUGAUCUUUGGCAUGAGUUGUUCCCCACUCCCAUAGCUGUUCAGCAUGAACAGGCAGACGAACUUCUUCAGUGGUUAAUCAAACAUGCACAGUGUAAAUUAUAUUAUGUACAGUAUAUCUUGGUGAUUUGCAAAUGAAGGUGAGAGUAGUAUUUUCAUGGGUGAAUAUAUAGCACAUGCUGGUGUGUGAACUGAAAUAAAAAAAUUAAAAAAAAAAAACACUAAAUGUGCCAAAGGUGCCACAAAAUGACAAAAUGUCACAACGAAGUUCUAAAGGAACGUUUUUAAAACAGCUUUUACAUUAAAUGUGUAUAUGGUGAUGCAACAGAUGGAAAAAUAAGCUAAAUUAAAUUUUGUAAAGUGUGAUCAUGUACCUUUUUUGGACAAAGAGCAUCAGUGAACUGUCUAAAAGUGAGUGUUAUGCUUGCUUUCACUUGUAAAUAGAUGCUUUGUAAUGCUCACACUCAGUGGUUUCAGCAGUCCAGGUCACCACAGCAGGCUCCACCAGUCUGCACUGGAUUUCAGAACAAGGCCUCCUUGCUCUGAGAAAUGCAUCUUUGGUGAUGAAUGUGUUUGACUGUACACAAUGACAUCAUGACAUGCUUUUUCUUUUUUGAAAAUGUCUGAAUAUCUCUUGUUAGAAAAUGUAUCUGUUGAUG